GCCGCGGGACCCGACGGCUGCAGAACAUCCGCCGCACCCCUGGGGGCCAACGUUGUCGGACCGAGGAGUCCGAGGUGGCGACUGAGUGAGAUACCCAGCUGUGCGGAGCUAGGACGCGGAACAUCCCGGAGGCCAGCAUCAACAUUGGUGGACUAGGAGGACUACUGGAAGACAGAAGGCCAGCAAGUAGAUUGGGUCAGCUGUUUUAUAGACCUGGUGGUUACAGACCCCCUGUGAGGGGAGGUCCUGAGGAGGACAAAUUUGUAGCCAGAGCAGGCUGGGGCCAGGACUCCUAGGUUCUGCCCCAGCCUUAAGCAGCUCAUCCAUCACUCCCAGCCUCCCUCCAAUGUGGGGUAGACACCUGGAUCUAUCUGCCCUGCUCUAUAGGGGAUGGGUCUCUUCCAGGUCACCUGUGCUAUCAGGAGGAGAGCCACUGUGGUCUGAAGAGAUGCCACUGCCUGGAGACUGGGGUCUUAACCUCCAGCCUGGCACUGAGCCACCUGCAACCUAGCAGCAGGUGACCUUGGCUCCCAGCCUGACUCAGCUGAACCUGGAUCCUGUGCAUAGGCAAGAGCUGACUCUGAGCCCUGGCCCAGCCAAGCUGACCCCUACACUAGACCCUACACACCGGAUGGAGCUGAUCCUGAGUACCAGCCCAGCUGAGCUGACUCUGGAUCCUGCGUGCCAGCCAAAGCUGCCCCUGGAUUCCACAUGCCAACCAGAGAUGACCUUCAAUCCUGGUCCAACUGAGCUUACCCUGGAUCCUGAACACCAGCCAGAGGAGACCCCAGCUCCUAGCCUGGCUGAGUUGACCCUGGAGCCUGUGCACCGCCGACCCGAGCUCCUGGAUGCUUGUGCUGACCUCAUCAAUGAUCAGUGGCCCCGCAGCCGCGCCUCCCGCCUGCACUCCCUGGGCCAGUCCUCAGAUGCCUUCCCCCUCUGCCUGAUGCUGCUAAGCCCCCACCCCACACCUGAAGCAGCACCCGUUGUGGUGGGCCAUGCCCGCCUGUCACGGGUGCUGAACCAGCCCCAGAGCCUCUUAGUGGAGACAGUGGUGGUGGCCCGGGCCCUGAGGGGCCGUGGCUUUGGCCGCCGCCUCAUGGAGGGCCUGGAGGUCUUUGCUCGGGCCCGGGGCUUCCGCAAGCUGCACCUCACCACCCAUGACCAGGUGCACUUCUAUACCCACCUGGGCUACCAGCUGGGUGAGCCUGUGCAGGGCCUGGUCUUCACCAGCAGAUGGCUACCUGCCACCCUGCUUAAUGCCUUCCCCACAGCCCCCUCUCCCCGGCCACCCUGGAAGGCCCCAAACCUGACUGCCCAAGCUGCCCCAAGGGGUCCCAAGGGACCUCCAUUGCCACCACCCCCUCCCCUACCUGAGUGCCUGACCACCUCACCCCCAGUUCCAUCAGGGCCCCCUUCAAAAAGCCUGCUGGAGACACAAUAUCAAAAUGUGAGGGGGCGCCCCAUAUUCUGGAUGGAAAAAGACAUCUGAGGCCAUCCAGGGCAAGGAACUGUCUUUCUGGUUCAAUAGACUGCCCCGGACAGUCUACAAGCCUCAGCCCACUGACCAUACCUCAGCCCCUAGCCCCUGGGGGGCAGCUUUAACCUGGGCAUGUUUCCUGGGUACCAGUGGGGCCAGGAGGUGGCUCUGGCUCAGAGCCGUCAGUGUGGCUGAAUAAAGGCUCUCUUGGGUA